AUGGGAGUCAGCACCCGAAGGCCGAUCCUGCCAGCCCCCACAGAAUCCAUUGUCGACACCGUUGGCAGCAGCGUUACUGGCACUGACUUGGGAACUGACAUAUCUCGCCGCACAGACAAGACAUCGUACUCGAUUCCCGACGACGGGAGUCCCGUCACAAUUCCCACCCGACGGAAACACCGCUCCCGCGGGGAGGAUUCCAAACUGUCCCGCUCAGGGCACCACUCCCAGACCUCCCUGCUCAUCGAGUACUUCGAGGGCGGGAAGGGAGGGUCUGGCGCUAUAGUCUCCCGCCCCAGUGUUCGGGUCAGGGUUACCCCGUCAUCGGGGAAGAAGUCCAAAGAGCCGAGUGUUCACAUCACCGACUCGAGCGGGAAUCGGAGACCCUCGUACUCGCGCCGCAUUUCUUUCGGCUCCCCGUCAAAACAGAAAUCAGGUGGCGAGGCUGCUGGCGAUGACCUAAGUUAUACCUCUUCCGCAGAUGAAAACCAACAUUCCGGACCGGUGGAGAUCGAACUUUUGAAUCGCGAGCAGGGCAGCGAGCUGUCUGCUGUAUCUCGCGACCGCCGAUACCUGCCGACUUCGGAGGUCUCGUCUAUGCCUGCGGAUAGCAUGCUUGACGCUCCAUCAUCCGGCUUACGCCGCAAACGCAGCCAAAGUCUAGAGAGGGAAUUUGAAGAGCCCGAUCAGAAAGGUUUUCUCAAAACACCAAGCCGACAGAGAAGUCGCAGUCUGAGUACGGAGAGAAUCGCCCAACGCGCCGCUGAGAAAGUCAGUAACUACUCUCGCGAGGCCUCAAGCAAACGCCGGUCGGAAAAGAACCGGGGAAUCGACUACCAGGAAGUAGACAUCAAAUCUCCCCGCCGCCGAGGCUAUACGAAAGACGACGACAUGGCCAGUCCCGAGUCUAGUCUGCUUAGCGCGUCCGCUGUUUCGUCACACCGUCGCUCUGGUGACCAGUAUUCCUUCCGAUCCAACACAUCCAAAUCUUCCUUGAACAAUCCAAAGCUUCUCGAGACUGUAGAAGAUGCCAUUCGAAGGCUGAUUCUGCCAGAACUCAAGGAGCUCAAGAAGGAUCAAAAAGUGAUUUCCAAUACGUCAAAGUUCGAGCGCGACUUGAACACGCCGUACUCAUCAACAAGCUCCCCAUCCGGUGAAGGACUAGUACGGCGGCUUUCGAAACAUGCCAGUGCACCAAAUGUUCGGAAGCCUAAGGUUGUUCUCAACAAAGACAGCCAAGAUGAAGGGAUACUCCUUGCUGGUGACUCGGUUUCGUCUCAAAAGGAGCGUAGGGCUAGCCGGGACAGCGAGAUGACCUCGGAGACGGGCUAUGUCAAAGGUCUUCGACCAGAGUUGACUGAGCAAGAUAAGGUUCGCCGCCAAAGAAGCAAAGGGCUACGCGACGCCGAAAAAGCUGCCAUUGUCGGUAGCCGUUUGACCGCUGCCAACCUCCAUCACCAUGAGUCAAAUUCGAGUUUAGACAAGUACGAGGGCCGUCGUGAUAGCGAACCUAAAGGUAUCAACGAGACGGAACUGGUGUUCAAGAGGCACAAUGUGGCUCCUAUGCCCCUCCGAAGCGCCAUCGAAUCCGAUCUGAUGACCAGAGACUCGAUUCUCUCAGACCAAACACUGGAACCCGAGACUCCGGCCGAAGAUGUGAUGCGAUCAUCCCCUGCACACACACCAGUUCGCAGUCCCCUCAGUUCACGCCAUGACCUAGGACUAAAACACAGUAACAUGUCCAGCCACAACUUGUCUAUCCACAGCGCCUCCGAUCGGGAUUGGACUCAUUCGCCUACCGGCGAAGCAGCAGCUGGCGCUAUCGCAGCAGCGGCAGCAGCUAACCUGCUGGAUUCUCCCUCUGCUCAUCGCGAUCUUGAUUAUGGUGACCAUCUGAGCGUCAGGCGCGCCCUUAGCCCCAUUCAGAGUGUGGCCAGCAACCAGAGCGAGUCUCACGUUAGGCAAGGUUCCACUCAGCAUGUUCCGCAAGAGUUCUCUGGAGAUGAAAAGGACAUGGAGCCUCGUCUCUCGAUCGAAUCGCUCUCUUCGGCCCCUAGCACGAGCCUUGCAAGAUCUAAGCGGCCGGGAGGCAUCAGCGCUGAAAGCCAGGACGAAAUUCUCCGAAACCAGCAAACAGCCGGCCCGGAGCUUGGCUACGAGGGCUCAUCUAUCUUGUCUCCGCAGACAGCAGGAGAUAAACACUGGGUAGAGGAAUCCGAAGAAGAGGAGGAUCCCUACCGGUACUCCGUGGCGGAAACCGCCAGUACCGACGCCAAACAUAUGACCAACUACACCGAUGACAGCGAAAUUGACUUUGUCGAAAAGGCAAACCAAGGUCGUCCGGUUGCGGAGGGCAUUGGUAUCAAUCCUCAAUUUGUCCAUCCGUCAGCCGUUGAGUCAGCGGUGGCUUCAGUCCUUGAUCCGUCAAUCUUAGACACGAAGUCAAAUCAGUCCGGUGGAAGUUAUUCGCAUUCUACCAACACGUUUGUGCAGCAUGAAGGUGGCAGCACGAGAUCUUUGGGACAACCAAACGAAGUAGCUCAGACGUCUCGGCGCGGCAGUCCUUUAAAGCAACGACAAGAUGCCUCGAGUCCUGACGCUACCUCCUUUCCUAGGCGCAUGGGAGUCACAUCGCCACCACAGAGCGUCACGCAGUCUUUAGACGAUCUUACUGACCCCGUUCAAAUGUUUGCUGGCAAGCACCGCGAGGGUGAAAGUCCUGCUCUUCAUGAGCGCGAAUUGAGCCCGGAAACCGAGUCAGAAAUCAAUACGAAUCCGUCUAUCAUUCAAGGUCCGAUCGGAGGCGUUGCCCCUGAUACUGCCUGGCCUUAUAACCCCUCAUCAGCGAAGGGUCAAUCCCCUCUCUUUGACAAUACCGCUGCUGUCGCUGCCACCGGUGCAGGUCUCGGCCUGGCUGCCGGACAAUCGGGGUAUGAGCAUGAUUACUACCCAGAAGAUGAGUACAACGCUGGCACAUACGAUGACCAGCAAUACGCAAACGAGCAUCCGUACAGCACACCACCAGGCGCCAAAGACGAAGGUUACGUGUCGGCAGCUAAUCCACUCUCUCCAAGUCCCCAGCAAGCUAGCAAGGGCUUUGGGGGCAUUGACGCCAAUGGGCUUGGUCUGUUUGCUAGCCCAACCGGAGGUGAGGACGAAUUCGGGACAUCACAUCAACGACACUUUAGCGGUUACUCCCAUGGGGUCGAAUCUCCUCUCUAUGACAGUGCAACAGGACGAGGUAUCGAGCGAAUCCAGUCUAAAGAUAUCGUCGCACUCAUGGAUCAUCUUACCGUUCGAGACGCUCAGCGAAAUGCACGAGAUACAGAGAUCCUGGUGACUCUUGUUCGAAGUGCCGCUGAAAUGCGCAACUCUUUCGAGGAGAUGAAGAAGUUUAUCGCCCAACAAGAUGGCAUGCUACUGGAGGCCAACGACCGACAGCACGAGCGAACUUACAAAGCUAUAGGUGGCCCUCGCCCACUACCCGUAAGUGGCAGUAAGAGCACUCGGCAGGCUUCCCUGGACGAUGCCGAAGAUUUGCCUGCGAAGCGAAAGAACCUGUUCAAGCGUGCGCUCAAGGGCUUAAGCCUCAAAUCCUCGAACGACUUGACCAGAAUUGAAGAAAUGCUUGAACAGCUUCUGGAUGAAAUGGAGGCUCUGCGUAGCAGUCAGAAUGACGUGCUUCGUAGCGGCAACCGAGGCCCAGCCAGCAUCGAUCUUGAUGGCUAUGAGCCUGAGGGCAUUGCCGGCACCUCUUCCCCUGGGGAUCAGUCCGGUUAUCUUUCCAAUUCCUCCCGAGCGGCGCCCGAAACGCGAGCGACUGGACAACGGAGAGACAUCGACACCCGUGUCAGCACGGUUCACGAAGCUGACGAGGAUGGGGAAAUCGACGAACGGGGAGAAUUUCUGAGCCCGCAGCUGCCAUUACAGGAAACUGGAGACACACAACAGGCGAGGGCCGGAUCCGUACCCCUUUCAACACCCCCACGAACUGCGGCUGCAUCGGCCGCCCUCAGUCAUAGCAAUGAGACAACCCCAAAGACGAACGACAAGUCACGGAAGCACAAAUCCAGCAGCUCGUCAUUCUUUCCCAAGAUUUCUCGUUGGUCAAAGACCACAGCAUCUUCCAUGGGUGACAAUAUCCGCAACAGCAUGCAACCCGGUCGCAAAGAGCGGGUGUCGUUUGACACGUCACGAUCCGGAUCUGAUCUCGGAAAUGCCGCCUAUAAGACGACAGAUUACUAUGAUCCCCAGGGUGAUGACAGGAUCCGCUCGAACUUGACCCUCGAUGAGGGGCUUCAGCACCAGGAGAACAGGCCUCCAUCUCCGUUGGUUCCAUCUCAGGUCUCCGAAGCGCCUAAAUACAGGGCGCAUCGGGACAGCCUCGACAUGCAGCAUCCUCAGCCUCGCCAGGGUCCUACUGGGCGCUAUCAAUCUCAGCUGGAGUCUCAGGCACAAAUAUACGGGGCGCCUGCCAAUCACUCAGAUCAAUGGGGUUCCAACCCUAGCUUCUCUGCUCUGAAUGGGAACCGAAGAUUCAGCGGUGGAAGCCGUCUCUCUCCGAUCUCUGAUGCAGGCUACUCUGACUCUAGUUCGCGAACUGGGCGACAGGGGCCUCCGAGGCCACCGAAGAUCAAGGAUGACGGACCUUUGUUUCCAGAAAGGCCGCCAAAGAUCAAGGAGGAAGAACAGUCUUAUUCGGACCGGGUUGCUUCACGGAGCUCUGCUAUGAAGUCUCCCCGUAGCACACCGCCUCCUCGAAAGCCUACUGGACCCCGUCCUUUGAACUCUGGCAGUCAGUACAACAGCCCUAGCAUGCGACGGAAGAACUACCGGGACAGCCCGGAGCAAGUUGACGACGAGCACGACUACUAA